CUCUUUAACUUUUGCUUAGUUGCUAUUUGUCAGUCGACUGAUGAUGGCGAUAUGAGUUACCGUAACAAUUUUCAAUCGAUUACUAUUUUUUGAAUAAACAAUUAAAAAAGUGAAUUUAUCCGGAAAAUAAAAGAAUCCAACGGUUUUUCUUAAAUAAAUUUUGAAUUUUUAAACAAUUACAGUUAAUUAAUUAAGUACCAAGUCGGUAGUUUUGAAUUACCAAGGUCAUAUCUAAGAAUAUACGAGGAAAAAUAGCUGUGCAAAAAGAAGUUCAGAAUGGUGGGUGUUAAAUUUGAUGAAAAAACAAAGUUGUGGUCUCAUAUCGGAGAACUAGAGUGCUGGGAUUCGAAUGUGAAUUUUGGGCAAAUGUUGCUGGAUACACUGUCUGACCAUGGUUCCAAAACGGCUCAGAUCAAUCACGAUACCGGAGCCAAGAUGAGUUUCAAUGAGCUGAAAUGGAAAACGAUUUGUGCUGCCCAAAGUCUACGUGAAAGAGGAUUUCAAUAUAAAGAUGUGUUUUCAUUUAUGGCAGUGAAUUCGGAAAAUUUGUGUCCGAUUGUGUUUGCCGCACUUUGUAUGGGAUGCCCAAUAAAUCCGUUACAUUGCACACUGUCGAAAGAUGAAAUUGCCAAAAUACUUAAAAAAACCAAAACAAAGGCAAUAUUUUGUGAUAUUGACUCGUACAAUCUGAUCGAUGAAGCGCUGAAAGAAUCGAAAUCAAAUUAUUCUGGUUUAUCUAAUGUGCAGAUUUUCACUUUUGAUGGACAAACUUUGAAUUCAGAACCAGUCGACAGUCUAUUCAUUCAUCGUGCUAAUGAACAUGAAUUUACUCCAGUUCACGUUGAUUUGUCGAAUGAUAUUGCCGGGAUAUUCUCAUCGUCGGGCACAACGGGACCAUCAAAAUGUGUUUCACUACCGUAUAUCAUGAUUUACGCCCAUAUAUGUCAAAUAAUGUUAAAAGACGACAUAUGUUUGAGUUUUGAGCCAUUUUAUUGGACGGUAUGGCUAUAUUACGUAAUGACAUGCACGGUUAAAGGGUCAACACGGAUAAUAAGCCAAAAGAAUUUUUCGGCGGCGCUUCAACUUGAAAUUAUUGAGAAAUACAAAGUAACCGCUUUGGGUACAACGCCAGCAUAUAUGACAACAUCGUUGAAAACCGAUGAUAUUUGCACAAAAGACCUAUCAAGUGUCCGAUUAAUUAUGGUUUUCGGUGGAAAAUUAUACUCAGGCAUGGUUAUUGAAAUGCAAAAAUGCUAUCCAAAAUCAAAGAUGACAGCAGUAUAUGGUUUAACCGAACUUGGUACAAUUUUCGAAUACAUUUUGGAUAAAAACGGUAAUUACCUGCCGGUCGGAUUGUAUAACGGUGUGACUAUGAAGAUAGUCGAUGACAAUGGAAAUCGUUGUGGUCCAAAAAUCGAUGGUGAAAUAUGCACAAAGAAAAAAUACGAGUUUAUUGAGUAUUUGAAUGAUCCAAAUACAACGGCAGCAUCAUUUGACAGCGAGGGCUUCUUUUUAACGGGAGACAUUGGUCAUUUCGAUGAGAAUGGAACAUUGCAUAUUAUUGAUCGCAAAAAAGAUGUUUUUAACAUAUUUUAUUUUGAAGCUCCGUUUCGGCCAUCGGAAAUGGAAAGCUAUCUCAUCACACUACCAGAUAUUCAGGAAAUUUGCGUUGUUGGCAUUUCGACUAGCAUUGAUGAAGAGCUUCCAGCCGCCGUUAUUGUACGGAACUCAAAUUCAUCUUUAAGCAAACGACAUUUCUAUGAAUUAGUAACACACAAUUUUCCAACUCGUAUGUGGCUUCGUGGUGGAGUCUAUUUUGUUGAUUCGUUACCGAAAACUCCAUCGGGAAAAAUAAUUCGCGGAAAGGUCACUGAAUUAGCCACGGAAAUAUUCCAUAAAGCCGGAAUCAAUGAUCCUGAUAUUCAAUCGUAUAUUGCAGACAUUCCGGAAGACGUUCGAAAACUUAUUACUCGAAACACUGAGUGAAUGAAUGGCUCAACCAGUUCGCGAUUUCAAGCGAAAAGAUUGUUUGAUUGAUAUUCUCUUACAUUUUUACUAACGUAAACGUAAGUUGUUAUUUAAAAUCUUGGGGUUUAAAUGAGGCGUCACAUUUUUCCCGCUUUUAAAACCUGAAAACCUUCGUUCUACUUUCUAGAUAUUUACACUUGACAAAAUAAUAAUAAUUAAGUGAAAAUUGGAAAAUUUAUCUUUUAAUUGCCAGGGAAAUUGCAUAGAAAAUUCGACCAGGGGUAUGAAUGCGAUUCAUUUGUACAUUUUGAGUAGGAAUAACAGAUAAAAU